AGGUUCCACAGUUUUACUUGAAAUAUGCUUUCUCGAAGAUAUCUAAGCACAAUUGCCGCUUCUGCUUCUCUUCUUUUGGGAAAGCGUUUCUCACCCACUGCCAAGCAAACCCUUUUGAUUCUUCCUCAGGUUUCGCCAGUUUAUCGGGUCUCUCGGUCAAUCCAAACAGAGCUUCUCAGGUCUCUCGCUGGUUGUUUGAGAUUUGAUCAUACCAUGGCUGCUCAAUCCUCCAAGGGAUCAAUUCAUGACUUCACUGUUAAGGAUGCAAGAGGAAAUGACGUUGAUUUAAGCAUUUACAAGGGCAAGGUCCUCUUGAUUGUCAAUGUUGCAUCACAAUGUGGCUUAACCAACUCCAACUACACUGAGCUCAGUCAAUUGUAUGAGAAAUACAAAGAUCAAGGUUUUGAGAUUCUGGCAUUUCCGUGUAACCAGUUUGGAGGUCAAGAGCCAGGGAACAAUGAACAGAUCUUGGAGUUUGCUUGCACUCGCUUUAAAGCUGAAUACCCCAUAUUUGAUAAGGUCGAUGUCAAUGGUGAGAAGGCAGCUCCAAUAUACAAAUUCUUGAAGUCCAGCAAAGGUGGACUCCUUGGGGACGAUAUCAAGUGGAACUUUUCCAAAUUCCUGGUGGACAAGGAGGGACACAUUGUUGAUCGAUAUGCUCCCACCACUUCUCCUCUUAGCAUCGAGAAGGAUAUAAAGAAACUGCUAGGUUGAUGUCUUGGGGAUUUCCUUCAUCACCUCAGGCAAAGUAAAUACUUCUAUGAAUAAAAUCUAAUCCAUAAUGUUUGUGUUCCAUUUCUGUGUUCCAUCUAUUAAGAUGGGUUAAACUGUAUUAGAUUUACUAGUUGAACCUUAUGGAUAAAUAAUACUAUUUCAUCAUAAA